UUGGGGUGGCUAAUGGACCUGUUCUGUAUCUUCAUUAGACACUAACAAGAAUAAAUUUUACCGUAUGUGAAUCAUGUCCUAAUCUAAAAGAAAAUCUUCUCAGGCUUUCAGGUUAAUUCCUUGGUGGUGGUUAAAAUUCCCAGGUGUGUGACUCAUAGGACAAUGAUAUAUUAGAUAUAUUAGGUUUCCUGGAGUAGGAGAGGAUGGUAGUAGGGCAUGGAACUCUUAUCAGCUAACCCAGGUGAAAUAUCUCUUUGCAGGGAUUUUGUCAGGGAGAAAAAGUACCGGACAGAGGCUGAGGUGUUUGGGUGGAGCUUUGUGUUUGAGGACUUAGUCUCCAGUGAGCUAAGAAACAAAGUGACCCAGCAAAUGAAGUCUGUUCUCUGGUGGCUUCCAGUGGAAAAGGCAUUUUGGAGGCAGCCUGCAGGUCCUGGCUCUGGCAUCCGAGAGAGACUGGAACUCCCAGUGGUUCAUGUGAGCUGGAAUGAUGCUCGUGCCUACUGUGCUUGGCGGGGGAAACGACUACCCACCGAGGAAGAGUGGGAGUUUGCUGCCCGAGGGGGCUUGAAGGGUCAGAUUUACCCCUGGGGGAACCGGUUCCAGCCAAACCGCACCAACCUGUGGCAGGGAAAGUUCCCCAAGGGUGACAAAGCUGAGGAUGGCUUCCAUGGAGUCUCCCCAGUGAAUGCCUUCCCUCCACAGAAUAACUAUGGCCUCUAUGACCUCCUGGGCAAUGUGUGGGAGUGGACAGCAUCGCCAUACAAGGCUGCUGGCCAGGACAUGCGUGUCCUUCGCGGGGCAUCCUGGAUCGAUACAGCUGAUGGCUCUGCCAAUCACCGAGCCCGGGUCACCACCAGGAUGGGCAAUACUCCAGAUUCAGCCUCAGACAACCUGGGCUUCCGCUGUGCUUCCAGUACAGGCCGAUCACCUGAGGAGCUGUGAGCAGCCAUGCACAGGGAAGGAGAGUCCUCCAUGGUACCGGUAUCUUUCCCUGGCCAUAUCCCAAACACAGCUAGACUUCAAGCUCUUCAACUUCAGCCUCAAAAAAGAAUUCCUUCCUUGUCUCCUGUCCAUCUGUGGCAGGUGCCUCUCCCUGGGGCAGAAAAGGAC